AUGAAGCAGAACGACUUAAACAUUUCCUACCCAGCCAACGGUACCCAGAAGAGUAUCGACAUUGAUGACGAGCACAAGUUGCGUGCCUUCUACGAGAAGCGUAUGGGCCAGGAGGUUGAGGGUGACCUUGUGAGCGACGAGUUCAAGGGUUACAUCUUCAAGAUCACCGGUGGUAACGACAAGCAGGGUUUCCCUAUGAAGCAGGGUGUCUUGCACCCAACCAGAGUCAGAUUGUUGUUGUCUGAGGGCCACUCUUGUUACAGACCAAGAAGAUCUGGUGAGAGAAAGAGAAAGUCCGUCAGAGGCUGCAUUGUCAACCAGGACUUGUCCGUCAUUGCUCUUGCUAUCGUCAAGCAGGGUGAGCAGGACAUUGAGGGUUUGACCGACUCCACCACCCCAAAGAGAUUGGGUCCUAAGAGAGCCAACCACAUCAGAAAGUUCUUCGGUUUGUCCAAGGAGGACGACGUCAGAGACUACGUUGUCAGAAGAACCGUCGAGAAGAACGGCAAGACCUUCACCAAGGCUCCAAAGAUCCAGAGAUUGGUCACUCCUCAGACUUUGCAGAGAAAGAGAGCUUUGAAGGCCAAGAAGAUCAACAAUGCUAGACAGCAGAGAGACGCUGCCGCUGAGUACGCUCAGUUGUUGGCCCAGCGUUUGCACGAGCGUAAGGCUGAGAGAGCCGAAAUCAAGAAGAGAAGAGCUUCCUCUUUGAAGGCUUAA